AUGUCUAAUUAUUCUUGCUAAUUUUGCUACAAGAGAACAACUCUAGGAUAUAUCAAAAACUAUUUCCCUUGUGAAAUCAAUUUACAUAAAAUGAUUAGACACACUCUCUAUCAUAAAUACGCCACUUCAUAAAACUAUUAUUUUACCAAAGACAUUAAUGAAAUACUAUCCAAAACUUCUACUGCCAGAACUAUUCUGUACAAUGUAAAACAUUCAAAUAUAUCACAAGGAUUAUAUAUGUUAUGAUGAAGAGGAUGAAUAUAUCAAAAGAUUUUAUGAAAUGCAUGAAUUUCCUUCCAAAUCAAAAUUGCUUACAGAAUUCUACAAAUAUCAUAAGGAUUUGCCAAGAUGGGUCUUAAAAUAGCCCAUACUCAAAAUUCUCAAUUAUUAUUACGAUAAGCGAAGGAAAAUUGAAUUUUACAAAAUUUAAAGAUAAAUUGAAAUUGAAAAUUAAAUGAAUCCAACUGAUCCACCCAAAGGUAUUGUAGGUGAUAAACCUUUACUAAGUGACUCUACACCUUAAUCUGAGAAUUCAGAACCGUAAUCCAAAGUUAAUGUCGAUAACAUUCUCAAAGAAAUCAGUUUCUCUAAUAAGAAACCUCAUCCCUCCCAAGAAAUCAGUCGCAUUUUAUAAGUCCCCGAAUCCCCUCCCAUUGGAGAAAUACAAUAAAUGAUCAGCCUACUUAAUCUUAAGUCGGAUUCUCCAAAUUAAAAACAACAAUACCAAUGGUUUAAAAAGAAGAAGACUCAAAACAAGAAAUCACUCAAAUUGGACGAACUUGCUUUGUCUUUGUCUGCUAGAACUCAUUAAAACCCUCAAGAAGCAAAAAUGCCUCUCUCAGCAAGAUAUCAAUAAUCUUAUUCUAAUAAACUAAUUGAUUAAAGUAUUCUAUGAAACCAUAUAUAGUCUAAGCUAAACUUCAAAAUAAACACUCUUAAACCAUCUCAAGAGACAAAAUUAUGGAUUUUAAAUAAAAUAAAGAAUAAUUCAUGUAAGAAAUAUAUUUUACCGUAAUAGUAAAAAAUUCAAAUUAGAGGAGAAGAAUAAAAAAGGCAAUUCACCCAAAAAAAUCGAUCAAAACAAAGCAAUUCAAGAAAUCAAACAACUUGAAUUGAAAAUAAUUAAAAGUCUCUAAGAAAUGAAGAACAUCAAAAGCAAUAAUCUAUCGAAUCAUGAAUCAAAAUAAGCUACCUCCCAAAACAGUAAUAAUUAAAUUCUAUCUUUGGAUCAAAAGGCCUUGUAUUAAAUACUCAAAAUCCCUGAUUCGUUUAGACAAUUGAAUUUUAACAAAGUCCAGAAUAAAACUAAUUCAAAAAGAUCCCAGGAUUAAAAUUAACGUUAACAAAGAAACAACAAUUCCUAACAGCAUUAGAAACAAGUGUAAAUAUUGGAUAUGAAAAAAUUAAUAUCGAACAAAAAAGAUAUUGCUCCGAAAACUGAAAGGGUAAAAAAGACCAUUCCUUCUCUAAACUUAAAUCUUAUUGGAGCUAUAAACUAAUCGACUUCAAUGACUACAAGAAACAAUAGCUUUACUCCCAGUUUAGCAUAUGCUCAAUUAUUAACACCGAAACAAAAUUAAACUAAUAUAUUCAACGAAAAUAACAUUAAUAAUUGGCAACUCUAAAAUACUCAUAAUGUUGCAAUUAGAGACAAUAAUAUAUAAAAAUGA